AUUAGUGGUUUCGUGAAAACAUAUUAUUUUUACUCAUAUAAGUAUUAUUAUUACGCAUUAACAAAAUAAAAACAACAUCAUCGAUCACUUACGGUAUUUGUAUUUAGUGUUGGACAUGUCAUCGCCCGACGAAAACAAUUGUCAAAAUAAAAAAACAAUUAAAUUUAAUAACUCUAAAAAACAGCAACCAGCUACUUCAUUCAUGGCUAAUAAUUGUGACUACAGUAUGCCUUCUACUUCAACUGCUCAAUACGAACCACCGCCCAGUCCAGAAGACACCAGUUGUGUUCAUAUCAGAAACUUGGUUUUUGUGAAAAAUGCAUACAAAAAUGUUCCAGCACCAUCAGAAUCGCUUCUUAUAGGAGUAAACUGUGCGGUUAUCAAACUGUUACAAGAAAUCGAAGAAAAUCACAAAUGUUGUGUUACACAAAGAUCAAAUAAACAAACACCACCAAAACGACGACAGCCUAAAUCAUAAUAACAUUGAAAUGUUACAUUUUUUCACAAAAUAUGCUUGUGAU